ACUUCCGGUCUGCCUUGGGAGCCGGAAGCGGAGCUUCAUUCCAGUUUUGGGGCGGGAAAAACGGUCGCUCCUGAGGCCGGCUUGGAACCCAAGGGGCAGAGGGGAGCCGAGGCUACCCGGGGCGCUGUGAGGACCGUGUGGGACCGGGAAUUUAUUCCUACUUACAAACAUUUGGGCUAGUUCGGCACUGAGCUAAGGGCUGGGGACUGCAAAGACAAAACUGCUCUUGCCUCAGAGGAGCCGGAGGUCGCUGAGGCAGAGAACUGGUUAAUCCCAGUUUAAAUUAGGAGCACCUAGUGGAAGAAGCCUUAUGUGAAACAGAAAUGCCUCUUUCCACACAGACUGAAGAUGGGAAUGAUCAAUAUAUUUUAGUUGCCAGCCUUGACAAUGUAAGGAAUCUCUCAAACAUAUUAAAAGCUAUUCAUUUCAGAGACCACGCAACCUGUUUUGCAACAACAAAUGGAAUCAAGGUUACAGUGGAAAAUGCAAAAUGUCUGCAAGCCAAUGCAUUCAUUCAGGCUGGAAUAUUUCAGGAGUUUAUUGUUCAGGAGGAAUCUGUAACAUUUCGAAUCAAUUUGACAGUCCUUCUAGACUGCUUGACCAUUUUUGGUUCAACUCCUUUGCCAGGAACUUCAACUGCACUUAGGAUGUGUUACCAAGGUUAUGGGUACCCUUUGACACUCUUCCUGGAAGAAGGAGGAGUAGUGACAGUGUGCAAAAUUAAUACCCAAGAGCCUGAAGAUACACUGGAUUUUGAUUUCUGCAGCACAAAUGUUAUUAAUAAGAUUAUUCUUCAGUCAGAAGGCCUACGUGAAGCAUUUGCUGAAUUAGACAUGACCAGUGAGGUCCUACAGAUUACCAUGUCACCAGAAAAACCUUAUUUCAGGUUAUCCACUUUUGGAAAUUCAGGAAGUUCACACCUUGACUAUCCCAAAGAUUCUGAUUUGAUGGAAGCAUUUCAUUGUAAUCAGACCCAGACUAACAGAUACAAGAUUUCUUUGCUGAAACCAUCUACCAAAGCUUUAGCCCUAUCUUGUAAGGUGUCUAUUCGCACUGAUAACCGGGGAUUCCUCUCUUUACAGUAUAUGAUUAAGAAUGAAGAUGGACAGAUAUGUUUUGUGGAAUACUAUUGUUGCCCUGAUGAGGAUGUUAGUGAUUCAGAGCCCUGACGAUUAAUGACUGGCCAUCUUUCUUACACACAGGGUAGGCUGUGUUCUUGUUCUCCUUUAUGCAGUACUGCUGGUAACUUAUUGUGGGACUUUCCCAAGGACAAGACAUUGGGAAAUUGAUAACAAGUGGCACAAUAGUGUGCCCUAUAGAUACAUUAUUUUUCCACAAAGAUAUGUGUUCAAAUAGGUGUCAGUAUUCUGGUGCUCUUCUGAAUAUUACCUGUUUAAGUUCAUGAGAGUAUAAGUAGUGAUAAAUGUUGAUGAAUAAAUUAUUAACAUUGACUUUUCAAAACAGGAACCUUCAGAAAAUCCAGAAUCUGAAGACAAAAUAUUACUUUUUCUGAAAUGUUCAAUAUACUAUUACAAUUAGCAAAUUCAUACUUAUGACAAACCCAUUCAUCCAAGAUUAAUUUGAAUUGGACAAAGUACUUUUUAAGGGAUACUCUACAUAUUUUAAAAUAAUAUAAAGAAGGCACUUGUUUACAUGAGUUUGUCAUAGGUGGAAUUGGAAUAUCUAUGGGGGUUGAGAAUGAGAAUUAGCAAAAAAAAAAAGUAUAAAAAUUUGAUGAACAAGCUAGAAUGUUAUAUUAAAAAAAUACAUUUUUAUUGGUGUCCCUUGUUUCACCUCCAUUUCCUACUGUGUCCCCUUUCACCCUCUUCCAGAGAGCUACCCUUAUACUAAAGAAGAAAAAAAUUCAGUAAAACAAACCAACAUAUUGAAAGUAAGAUACAUGUAGCACUCUAUGCCCGUGUACCCCACCUCUGCAAAGAAGCAGGGGAAAGUAUUUUCAUAUUGUAUUUGGAGCCAAUCUCAAUCAUUAUAAUUAGCAGUAUUAGGUUUCAGUUGUUUUGCUGCUGUCAUACAAAGUGAAUUUAAGACUCAUAACUUUCUUCAUGAUGUCUUAAUUUCCCAGUUCAAUUUAAAAAUAUUCAUUGGGCACCUCUUAGCAUUGUCUUUACCUAAACUGAGGCGAAAAACAAAAUGCAUGCCAGCUUCAGUAAUUUUCUACAAGAGGCAGUGUGGUAUAAAGUUAGGAGACUUGGGUUUUAAUUCAGUCUUACCUAUUGAGCUGUGACCCAGGUUCUUUCCGUUUUCAGAGCCUGUUUCCUCAUCUACAAAAUGGGGUGAAAAAAUAUUUGUUACUUUUUCUCUCAAGGUGGUUUUGAGGAAAAACCCACUAUAAACUUUAGUUGUACCCAAGUUCUUUAUUCACUAAAAUAUUUUUGUCACAGCUAUUUUAUAUAUUUUAAAUAAAAUGAUAU